AUGCCCGUGCAAGGUGACGAUACGCCGACUGUGUCGUCUGGAAUCGAACGUCUGCGUCAGGUCCUCGAGACAGGCCAAGAUUCGCCUGCAAAUCCCGGCGACGCAUUUUCGCAGGCUACGAAUGGUUCCCUUCCCGUCGUAGUAUAUACUGUUAACGAGGUGGGCUUUGAUGAUAUUUCCCAAGUCAUCCUCCUCAAACGGGACUUCCCCUCCGUGAACCUUGUCAUUUUCGGUGGCCAUGCUGCACCAUUAGUUGCUAAGGAGCUCAGCGAAGCAAAAAUUUCCGUCAUCCUCACCGGCAAUCGCGGUGCGCCAGACAAGUGGGAGAAAAGGCAUAUCUUCGCCGGCCCUCCGCUCUCUCCUAGUCCCGCGCAGGUUCUGAUUGACGCCGGUGUUCCGAUUGCGCUCGCGGUCCGGGGCGAUUCCAAGGUCCAUGGGUUGGCCCAAGAGGCGCAGUGGGUAGCUAAAUUCGCCAAGUUAACGGAAAAGGAGGCGAUCAAACUGGUUUCAACGAACUUUGAACAGAUUCUCGGAUUAGAGCGAUCAACUCAGGAGACUAAUGCAUCGGCCAUAAAGAAAUAUGCGGGUGACUUUGUGGUCUGGGACGGGAAUCCUCUCCGUGGGGAGGGGAGCGUGGUUCUGAGCGUCCAAGAUGAUGGAAAGAUCGGGGACUGCUGGCCAGAUGUCGAGGGUGCCGUACUUUGA